CAUCGUACGAGAGUACGAGACCGCGAGUCCCGUCCCCUGACCCCGAACGCCGCCGCAGGCCCGCAGCGGAGAAGAGAAGAAGUGUGAGAUACGCACGCCUCCUCUUGCAGCCUCCCCUUCGCGAACUCCCCCGACAACGCGUCUCCUCUUUUCCUCACGGCACCAAAUCGCGCGUCAUCUCCCCGGAUUCGCGUGCACGCGCUGUGGACGGAUCGGGGGAGGAGGAGGUCAGGGGCGCAAUGGUGGUAAUGGAGGGUAAUGGCGGCGCCGGCAAGAUCACCAUUGGCGUCUGCGUCAUGGAGAAGAAGCGCAUACGUCUCGAUUUCCAGCGCGUGUUCUCUUCUCCAAUGGAGCAGAUUCUCGAGCGGCUCCGCGCGUUUGGAGAAUUCGAGAUAAUAAUAUUUGGAGAUAAGGUUAUUCUUGACGAUCCUAUUGAGAUUUGGCCAAACUGUGAUUGCUUGAUUGCCUUCUAUUCCUCCGGUUUUCCUCUACAAAAGGUUCAAGCUUAUGCUGCUUUGAGAAGGCCGUUUUUAGUCAAUGAAUUGGAGCCACAAUACCUCCUUCAUGACCGCAGAAAAGUGUAUGAGCAUCUAGAGAAGUAUGGAAUUCCUGUGCCCAAUUAUGCUCUUGUCAAUAGGGAAUAUCCAUACCAAGAGCUAGACUACUUCAUUGAGCAAGAAGAUUUUGUUGAGGUUCAUGGAAAACGAUUUUUGAAGCCUUUCGUGGAGAAACCUGUCAAUGGGGAUGAUCACCGAAUAAUGAUAUAUUAUCCAAGUUCUGCUGGGGGUGGAAUGAAGGAAUUAUUCCGAAAGGUUGGUAACCGUUCUAGUGAAUUCCACCCUGAUGUUAGGAGAGUGAGGCGUGAAGGAUCUUACAUAUAUGAGGAAUUCAUGCCUACUGGUGGCACCGAUGUUAAAGUUUAUACUGUUGGCCCAGGAUAUGCACAUGCUGAGGCACGGAAAUCUCCAGUUGUUGAUGGUGUUGUUAUGAGGAACCCUGAUGGAAAAGAAGUACGAUACCCUGUACUUUUGACCCCUAUGGAGAAACAAAUGGCAAGAGAUGUCUGCAGUGCUUUUAAACAGAUGGUAUGUGGUUUUGAUCUAUUAAGGUCUGAUGGGAGAUCGUAUGUCUGUGAUGUCAAUGGAUGGAGCUUUGUAAAGAACUCAUACAAGUAUUAUGAUGAUGCUGCUUGCAUCUUGAGAAAAAUAUUUCUUGAUGCUAAAGCUCCUCACCUUUCAUCAACCAUACCUCCAACUCUUCCUUGGAAAUCUGAACCUGUUCAGCCCACUGAAGGUCUUACACGACAGGGUAGUGGAAUAAUUGGCACAUUUGGGCAGUCAGAAGAACUACGCUGUGUAAUUGUUGUGAUACGCCAUGGUGAUCGGACACCAAAACAGAAGGUGAAAUUGAAAGUUACAGAGGAAAAGCUCCUGAAUUUGAUGUUGAAGUACAAUGGUGGAAAGCCAAGAGCUGAGACGAAACUGAAAAGCGCCAUACAAUUACAAGACUUGCUAGAUGCUACAAGACAACUUGUACCACCAACUAGGUCUGGUCGGGAGAGUGAUAGUGAUGCUGAAGAUAUCGAGCAUGUUGAAAAACUUCGACAAGUCAAAGCAGUACUGGAGGAGGGCGGGCAUUUCUCGGGCAUUUAUAGGAAAGUGCAGCUAAAGCCACUGAAAUGGAUAAAAGUUCCAAAGCGCAAUGGUGAUGGUCAAGAGGAACGACCAAUUGAAGCCCUGAUGAUUCUGAAAUAUGGUGGUGUACUCACUCAUGCUGGGAGAAAGCAGGCAGAGGAGUUGGGAAGGUUUUUCAGAAACAACAUAUAUCCAGGUGAAGGAACUGGUUUGCUUCGUCUCCAUAGCACGUACAGACAUGAUUUAAAAAUAUAUAGUUCAGACGAAGGCCGUGUACAGAUGUCUGCAGCAGCAUUUGCAAAAGGCCUUCUUGAUUUGGAAGGGCAGCUGACUCCAAUACUGGUAUCUCUAGUAAGUAAAGACUCCUCCAUGCUAGAUGGACUGGAAGAUGCGAGCACCGAGAUGAAUGAAGCAAAGGCUAGGUUGCAUGAGAUUAUCAUUUCGAAUACUAAAGAAAAGGACACUGAAGGGUCAGCAGAAUUUCCGUGGAUGGUUGAUGGUGCAGGAUUGCCUGUAAAUGCUUCCCAACUCCUGCCAAAGAUGGCCAAGUUGACAAAAGAAGUAACUGCACAAGUCAAGCUACUCGCUGAAGGUGAAGAUGAAAAGCUUGCAUUGACAAGCUCAUUUUCUAAAUAUGACCAAGCAAAAGCUCUUGGGAAGACAACUAUUGAUGUGGCUCGAAUUGCUGCUGGGUUGCCUUGUGGUAGUGAAAGCUUCCUCUUGAUGUUUGCCAGAUGGAGAAAACUUGAGAGGGAUUUAUACAAUGAAAGAAAAGACCGUUUUGACAUUACCCAGAUCCCAGAUGUAUAUGACUCCUGCAAAUAUGACCUUUUGCAUAAUGCUCAUCUUGAUCUUGAGGGUUUGAAAGAGCUCUUCAAAGUUGCCCAAACACUUGCUGAUGGUGUCAUUCCAAAUGAGUAUGGGAUCAACCCAAAGCAAAAACUAAAAAUUGGUUCAAAGAUAGCACGCCGUUUAUUGGGAAAAAUCCUAAUUGAUCUACGCAACACUCGUGAAGAAGCUAUCAGUGUUGCUGAACCAAAAUUUAUUGAAGACGAAGCUAUAUUCCUACCAACAAAAGAAGCAGAACACCAGCAAAAGAUUCAUGUUAGAAAUGAGGAUGGAAGAAGAUCUAGUUCUACUAGUGAGAAGUCAUUGGACCAGGAAGAUGAAGAUGAUAGAGAAACUAAAUAUCGCCUAGAUCCUAAGUAUGCCAAUGUGAGGACACCUGAGCGUCAUGUCCGCACAAGGCUUUACUUCACAUCGGAAUCUCAUAUACACUCCUUAAUGAAUGUCCUUCGCUACUGCAAUUUGGACGAAUGUCUACAAGGAGAAGAUAGCCUUGUCUGCCAAAGUGCUUUGGACCGUCUACAUAGAACUAAGGAGCUUGACUACAUGAGUAAUAUUGUGCUUAGAAUGUUUGAAAACAUAGAGGUUCCAUUAGAAGAUGAGAAAAGGUUCCGGAUUGAAAUGACAUUCAGUCGUGGUGCUGAUCUCAGUCCCCUAGAGGACAAGGCCAGCGAAAGUUCUUCCUUGCUCCAGGAGCACACCCUGCCAAUAAUGGGACCCGAGAGACUACAGGAAGUUGGGUCCUGCUUGACGAUGGACAAGUUUGAGAAAAUGGUGCGGCCAUUUGCCAUGCCUCCGGAGGAUUUCCCCCCUGCUGCUCCCCCACAGGCCUUGGGCUACUUCACAAAAGGUGCUGGAGUGCUUGAAAGGUUGGCUAGCCUCUGGCCUUUCCACAAGGGUGCAGGCGCAACUAAUGGAAAAUAGCUGAAAGCUACAAAUAGCUGGAAUCAGUUCAUGUGAAUAUUCUUAGUUUGUAGCACUGCUAAAACACCACCCCAAUUUUGACAAUCUGAAUCAACAAGAAAUUUUUGCUGGCUGUCUUGAACUGUUGAUGAUGUUGUAAGCAUCGGAACCAGCUUAACUUGUUCCUGGACGCUUUGCUACACAUGCUAAUAAUUGCAUUAUUCACUGGUGCGGGGUUGUUUGUGGUAUUUCCAUAUCAACCGUGUGGGUGAUGAUGGUCACUAUUGAUGUGCAUGCUCA